AUGCAAAAGAAAACUUCUUUUAAGUCAAUUAUUUUUUGGUUUAAAAAUUUAUUUAAAGGAAAAAAGAAAAAAGAAGAAGAAAAAAAUAUUUUAAAUAAAUUUAAUAAAUUUGGGUGUUUUGAAUUUAAAUGGCUGGGAAAAUUAAAAAAGAAUUUGUUGGGGAAGAAAAAAAUAAGAAAAUUGGGGAAAAAAGGAAGAGGAAGGGUUAAAAGAUUUGUUGAAAAUAAGGAGGAAUAUUUUAAUGAAUUAAUUAGACAAAGACGGGACAAUGGAAGAAAAUAUGAAAGAAGCAACAGUAGUAGUGAAGAAGAAGAGGAGGAAGUGGAGGUUGAAGUAGAAGAAGAGGAAGAUGAAGGGGAAGAGGAGGAAGAAGAGGAGGAAGAAGAGGAGGAGGAAGAAAAUAGUCAUCAAAACGAAGCGGAUAUGGAAGUCGAAAAUGAAUAUUUUAGUGAAAAAAGGAUUAAAAAGAAGAAAAAUAAAUAUGGAAAUGAGUAUCAGAGAUAUGAAACAACCCGAAGAAAAACUUAUAAAAGAAAUAGUAGUGAAUACAAUAAAAAGAAUGGAAGGUUUAAAUAA